AAGUAAUUCCUAUCCUCACGUCAUCUACGUACUCCUACAAUUAAGCUAUAUUCUAGGGAAGCAAUCUACAAUUAAGGGAUACAAAUAUUUACAGAUUAUCAUAACUUAAUAUAGAAGAUAUGCUCAAUCAACUUCCUAACAGACUAUUAACAAUGCAUGUUGCUAUAUUCAGCUAUCUUUAUAUUCAUCAAUAUGCAGAAAAGAAUUUCUCAUGAAAAUCAUCUUCAUAUCUCUGUAACAGAACUCUUUGAAAUGGGAUCCUUACAUUAGUUCUAAUUUCAAUGUCUUUUCAAUAUAGAUUAUUUGUUAAGAUGUAUUGUUUCAAAGUUUCUAAUCAUAUACUUGGAAUUCUGUAAUUGCACGUAGAAAUGCUUUGUGGGAGAUUGGGCAUGCUGGUCCUAUAUGGGUUUGAGAAAGCUAAUUAACCAUCAAAAGUGGAGGCAGUCAUAUUUCUUUCUUGCAUCUUUGGUUCUCGGAUUUGCCUGUGUAAUUCAUCAAGUGCAAGAGGCCUCCAAGUACAAGGCCCUUCACUGUCAUCAAAAACAGGAAGUCUUUGUUUGAAGAUUAAGAAGCACAUUACUAAUACAAGUAAGAGGUGUUAUUCUUCUUCACAUCUCAGGCAUUGAAAACUUCCAGAAUGCACAGUAUUAGUUGUGUCAUCUAUGAAGCCAGAUUCCUCUGCUUCAACAAUUCUGUAGACAUGAGGAAGGGGAAUAUGGAUUUUUUGCAUCCAUGUACUGCUAAUAGAGUAACUGAGCGUCCCGGGUUUAAAGAUGAAGUUCUUAUCAACUUCAUUCAUGGUCUUUUGGAUGUAAAGGUGCUUACUCUUGAGGAGCCUGAACGUGGUCUUACCAUCGUCAAGCUAACGCAUGUGGAUGUUCCUGAAGAAGACAGUGCCCAAUAUUUCAGUGGCAGUCCAUCACAUCCAACAGCAAAUGAAGCUUCCACUAACACAAAAGAGACUUCCAAGCAGAUGAACCAAUGGAUGACACUGAUGAAGAUCUCAUGUAAUGAUUGGUUCGAACUUUGAAUGUAUAAUAUUUUGCUAAGAACUAACCAUAUUUGUCAGUUGUAUAUAAACGUCUUCGGUGCAACAUCUUUCUUUUGGUCAAUAGAAUAUCAAAUUUUUGAACUGUAAAAUGUGAAUGAUAAGAUUGGUUAAAACA